AAGUGUCAAGUGUACAAUCUGGCAAUUUAACUACAAAGAUUUAAAAUGAGUACUGUAGACUGGGACGAAGUUAAAAGACUAGCAGCUGAUUUUCAAAAAGCUCAAUUAAGUUCUACUCUACAAAAGUAUGAUUUAAUUUCAUGAAACACAGAUAACUCUAUUUUUUACUACAUUACAUUAGUAGUAACAAUUGUCACAAAAUAAUUUUAAACAGCUGUAGAAUGAAAUUGCACUUUUUGUAAAAUUAAAUAAGCCUAAAUUAGUUUAUAUGUGUUGUCAGAACGUAAUUGUGUGGAAAUUGUAACAAAGCUAAUAGAAAGUAAAUUAUUAGAUGUAAUAUUUACCAAUGAUGGUAAAGAAUAUAUCACACCUCAACAUCUUGGCAAGGAAAUUAAAGAUGAAUUAUACAUUCAUGGUGGAAGAAUCAACAUGGUCGAUUUAUCACAAAUCCUCAAUGUUAAUUUGUCUCAAGUGUCCAAAAUAGCAAGUGACUUAGAAAAACAUAAUAAAGGAUUAAAGAUAAUACUUGGGCAGCUUAUUGAUAAAACGUAUACAAACAAAAUUGCAGAAGAAAUCAAUGACAAAUUAAUGCAACAUGGAUUUAUCAAUGUAUCAGAGUUGACAAUACAUUAUGACUUGCCAGCUGAUUUUUUACAAUCAACGAUUGAAAGAGAACUAGGAAAAAGCAUUUGUGGUAAGCAAGAUCCCCAAGAUUCUAGAGUCUUUUAUACAGAAAGUUUUAUAGCUAGAAAUAAAGCAAAAAUAAGAGGAGCCUUAUCUGCAAUCACAAAGCCUACACCAUUAUUAGCAAUUCUAGGACAAUGUUCUGUUUCUGAAAGAAUAUUUUUUUCAAUUCUUGAUAGCUUACAAGAAAUGAAACAAAUUCCUGGUGUUGUAGCAGGAAAGCAAGGAACAAAUAGUCUUUAUAUACCAAGUAUAUAUUCUAAAAGUCAAAAUGAAUGGGUAGAUAAUUUUUACAAACAAAAUGGUUAUUUAGAAUAUGAUGCGCUUACACGUCUUGGUAUAUCAGAUCCAGCAAAUUUUAUUAGACGUCAUUUUCCAAAUGAAAAUAUAGCUUUCUUACAUUCUGUUGCAGUAGGUACAAGUAUUAGAGAUCAAAUAGAUUCAAAUAUUGAAGAAGCUAUUAUAACUGGAUCUUUUAUUGAUAUAAGUCCUCUUUUACCAUCUGUAUUUUCUGAUAAAGAUAUGGAAAUGCUUCUUAAAAUCGCGGAAAAAAAAAUAAAUAACAACACACACGUAUUUGCAAAAACUAUUGUAAUUUCUGAUGCAUUUUUACAAUCUUUAAAUAAAUCAUUUGAAGCGAUAGCAGAAGCAAAAGCUAAAGAAGCAGUAGCUAGUGGACAAUGGUUCCAAACAAUAGCAGAAAACAGGAUUAAAUCUAAGUCAGCAGAUUUAAUAUUUGAAAAUAAAGCAAACAAAAAAGAAGACCGUCGGAAAAAAGCAAUAACUAGCAAAAUAGGUGGUGGUACUCAAGGACGGGAGACAAAAACAAAAUCUACUAAAAAAAAAUAUUUACAAGGAAAAAAUCGCGAUGGCGAAUCUGAUGAUGAAAAUACAAAAGUUCUAUCAACUAAAAUUGAACUUAAACUAAUAUCUUUAGAAGAUAUUAAAACUGAAAUUGCGAAAGAUGAUAAUUUGUCAGUAAUUGAUGACUUGGUAGAUGAAUUAGCAUUAUACUUAGAACAAAAAAUAAAUAACUAUGCUAUAUCUAUUGCAAAACAGUUAGCACAAAACAACAAAACUACAAAUUUAAGCGAAGUUGAAGAACGUCUAAAUGUUCUAGUAACAAAUAUUAAGAUAUUUGACAAAGGCAUUAAACAUAUAGAUAAAACAGAUCAACCUGCCUUAACGAAGUAUUUACUAAAGUCUCUUGUUACCGACUUUGUAAAUGAGUUAUUUAAAUUAGCUGCUCAACAAAAUAUGCUUCAAUUCCCUGAGAAUAUUACCACAGAGACAAGGCAAAAAAUGUUGCUUGAUUUGCCAGAAGAUGUGAAAGAACCUUUAACUAAUAUACACAAAUCUAUUGCUGGAAAUUCUAUAGAUGAUUUCCUAAAUUUUGUAGAUGCAGCAAUGGCAAGUUGCUGUUUAGUAUUAAAAAAAUAUGAUAAAAAGAAGGAAAGACCAUUUAUUUUGGGUCACAAAGAAGCCUUACUAGAAGAACUUAAUACUACUCAAGAUCCUGCAUUAGCACUACAUCUAAUCACAAGUAUAUUAUUUACAGCAGCAACGCAAAAUGUUAUACAUAUGUCUGGAAGACAUGUAUCUACUGUUCUUUCAUUUCUUCAAACACAAUUGCAACUCUCAACAAUGGAAAUAUUAUCUAAAUACCACGAUAUGGUGCUAAAAAGUUUAACUUCUUCAGAUGAAGAAACGAAGCUCGAUAUUCAAAAGGAAUUACAAACUGGAUUAGAAGAAAUUAAAAAUAUUGCAAAUAAUUACAAACAACAUUUAAAAAGUGAUAAAGCACAAGAGAAUAAAUACACAUGAUUGUAUAUAAAUAUAAAUGUUAUUAUUUUGUAUAAAAAUAUAUUCAGGAAUUUUAUACUAUGUUUUGCAAUAAAUUACAAUAUAUGCAAUAAA